AGAGAGAGAGAGAAGUGUUUAGAGGCUGGUUAGAUGAGAAGAUCACUUGCCAAAUGUAGUAAACCUCGCUCUGGCUUGUUGGUAGUCAGCUGCUGUUGCUACCGCCAUCACCACCACUACCACUACACAUACACAUACGUAUGCAAACACACAUACACAGAAGCACAAUUACCGUCGUCACCACCUCGCCAAUCCUUUCAUCACUGCCUCCUCCCUCGGCUUUGGCAUUCGUUGUGACUCUGUUAGACUUGUUAUAUACGAAAUAUUGUUUGUUCUCUUCUCAGUGUUUAGUAGUAGCUUCUUUGGGUUUAAAAACUUCGAAGAAGAAAAAGAACAUUAAUCAUAACUAAAAUAAAAAGAUAAAACAAAACAAAGAAGAUCAUCGGAAAAAUUAUGAACACAACAAACUGGACUCUCUUAAUCGCCUUUAUUGUUUUAAUUGGCAUUAACCCUCUUCUAUUAUUUUCUGUUGAAGCACGUAUAGUCACUAGCAACAAAUACCACAGAGUAGACACUGUCAAACAUCAUAAUCAUUCCUAUGAAAUUGUUCAGCCACAAAUUUACCACAAAGGACAUUUAAUUAAAAAUACUUUUAAUGAGAAGGCACACGUAGAAAAUAUUUCAAUUGUUAUCCCAACACGUAGGAAAAAAAUUGUUUUAAAACUUAAAAAAAACAGUGAAUUAAUAUCAAAUAGAUAUAUUUCAAGAACUCUAUUGCCUACAGGCAUCCAUUCAAAAAAGAUAUCAAAAGAUGAGUAUUAUACUCAACAUUGCUACUACAAUGGUCAUAUUGAAGGAGACCCCUAUUCCAGUGUUGCUGUCAGUACUUGUGAUGGUAUCAGCGGCCUCGUUAUAAAAGAUGAUGGACUAUAUCACAUUGAGCCAGCUGGGAACAGUUUAGACCCAACACUACAUUAUUGGUACAAAAAUAUGACAGAUGAAACAGCAUCACAUUGUGGUAAUGAUGCUCACGAUUAUGAACAUAAAGAUAUUCAUGAAAUAUUUUCAAGAAAUCUCCUUAAACGGGUUCGCCGAAGCAUCAGAGGACCAUAUGGAAGCAAUAAAGAGACAAGAUAUGUGGAGCUUUAUCUUGUUGCUGAUAGUGGCACACACAAUCUACACAAAGACAAAACGGAAAGAAGAUUAAUCAAUAUUGCAAACACAGUGAACAUGAUAUAUCGGCCCUUAAAUCUUUACAUUGGCCUUGUUGGUGUUGAGAUUUGGAGAGACCCAUCAAAUAUACCUAUUAAGAUUGAUCGUGGGGAUCCUCAGGAAACCCUUACGAGGUUCUUACAUUACCGCCAACAACGAAUAAACCCAAUUCAAUUGAAUGACAAUGCACAGUUGCUAGUAGGUUUCAAGUUUGCUAAUGGCGUUAUUGGCAAGGCAUCGCAAGGGAAAAUAUGUAUGCAUCAAUCAUCUGGUGGAGUCAAUAGUGACCACAUUCACUCUACAGUGGCAAGUGUAGCCAUGACAGUAGCUCAUGAGCUUGGACACAAUUUAGGAAUGCUUCAUGAUCGCACCACCUGUGUCUGCCCAGGAGAAUCUGCCAAGUGUAUCAUGGAAGCAACGAGUGGUGAUAGAAGCUCUCCAAAAUGGUCAAGUUGUUCGAAAGAAGCAAUAAAAGAAGCCUUUGAGAUGGGCAUGGAUUAUUGUUUAUAUAACAAGCCUGAAUCCUUGUUUCACACAUCAUGCGGAAAUAACUUUGUUGAAGAUGGUGAAGAAUGUGAUUGUGGAUUGCCAGAGGUAUGUGAUAACAAAUGUUGUGAACCUACAACUUGUAAACUGAAAGGCAAUGCUGUGUGUGCUACAGGGAAAUGUUGUAAUCUUAAUACAUGUCAGCUGCGUCCCCCAGGAACUGUGUGUCGGCCUAAAGAAGGAGAAUGUGAUUUAGAUGAAUACUGCACAGGGAAAGGUGAAUAUUGUCCGGAAAAUGUAUUUAUUCACAAUGGACGGUCAUGUUCUGGAGGACUGUCAUACUGUUACAAAGGACAGUGCAAUACUCACACAAAACAGUGUCAGUUGCUAUGGGGGGACACUGGCAGAGUAUCAGAUGAUAUUUGCUUCAGAGCUAAUAAUGUACUUGGCAAUGUGAGUGGUAACUGUGGUUUGAACUGGCAGACAGACAGAUACACAGCUUGUGCAGUGAAUGAUGUUCGUUGUGGUAUGCUUCAUUGUAUUCACAAAAAUGAAAAACUAAUGUUCUGGAAAGAUAACCUUGCUAAAAAAUUUCCAACAUCAUUCAUAGCUACUGGUAGGACAACUGAAGUAUGUCGGGCAGUAAUUUUGGAUGUAGGCCUUCAGAUGCAAGACCCUGGAUUGGUACCAGAUGGCUCUAAAUGUGGUGCUGAUAAAAUCUGUGUAGAGCAACAGUGUAAACCACUGCAGAAAUUAGGAUUUCCUGAUUGUCCUAAAGGAUGCAAUGGACAUGGAGUGUGCAAUAGCCGUGGGAAUUGCCAUUGUGAUGCCGGCUACGGACCCCCUUACUGUGACAAAGAAGGGAAGGGUGGCAGUGUUGAUAGUGGAAUUGCUAACCUAGAAAAAGAAAGCCCUGUCUUGACUAUUGUGCUGGUCAUUCUAUUUUUGCUUUUAAUUAUUUCUGUACUGGUUUGUGCCUAUCUUCGAAGAAAUGAUCUCAUUCAGUGUUGGAAAAAGAAGAGCAAUUUCAAUAUGCAUUUACCUCCUGCACUAACAAAUAUAAAACUGCCUAAAGUUCAGCUACCAACAAGAACAGAUACAAACCGACAAAGUCGGACAAGCCGACUGGGUCCACCCAUCUCAAAACCAAUGUUGACUCACAGUACCAAUAGCAAUUCUCAAGCAUUAGUCACACCUGUUGAAGCUCCACAAGAUGCUUAUAUUCCAAAAAGAGAACCACGAUCUGCUACUCGACCACUUAGUGCUAUUAUGACAAAAGACAUUUCCAGUCCAGUACUCCUUAGUACUACUAAUCGCCGGUCAGCAGCAUUUUCUGAACAAAAUCUCCCUAAUAUACACACAGCAGACAUCAAGGGUGGAUUGGCUACUACAAAACGUCCAGUGAAAUUGCGUCGCAAUCAUUCUGAUCGUCCUCAAAAGCCACCACCCCUGAAGCCUGAUGAAAGUCGUCAGUUUGGAACACAAUCUCCAAAAUUGCGUCCUUUAGAGAGAAAUAAUAGAGAAAAUGCUGUCUCUCAGCAUCUUCUUGGCCAAGAGGAUGAGGAUGCUCUAUACAUGAAUACAUCUUCAGAACCCCCAAAUAGCAGUUCAAGUAUUGACCACAACAGUAAUCAUGCUGUUUACCAUAACAUGACAUCUCCUUCCUCACUCAAGAAAACUAAAGAAAAGCCUCCACGACCACAAACACGAGCACUAGCUUCAAAUCUUGUGAGAUCAGAAUCAAACCCCACCCCACCCAAAAGGGAUCACAAUCCUCAGCCUAAAACAAGGGCACUUUCCAAACUCACACAAACUUUUCCAUCAGCAUCAACAGCUGAUAAGCCAGUUCCUAUUCAAAAGAAUUUUGUUAACCUUAAUAGAUCAGAAUCUGAUCCACAGGCAAAAAGUUCUUUAACGCCAGCACAAUUAGCCAAAGCUGGACUGAAGCCUGUUGGCAACACUACAAAAAGAGAACAUAAAAGCCCACCUCCUUCUACGGUAACAAAGCCUGUCAGAUCACAACGAAUAACUAGUCCAACUCGUUAUAACCAACCGCAGUCGUCACCCAAAGAAGACAAAGCAGAUUAUUCAGACUCAAACAAUACAGAAUCAAAGAAAAAAAUCAGUGAACUGAGACAAAUGUUCGAUUCUAAGAUAUAGAAUUGCUCAAAAUAUUAUUUACUUUUUUUUUUUUUUUUUUUUUUAGUGGAUAAAGGAAGAGAAAACAAAUAUUGAUUUCAUUUGCCUUUUGAAACUUGAGGUGAAAAUUUUUUUAAAAGAAAAAGUAAUAAACAAACAGAUGGAGAAUAAAUCAAUAUUGUAAAUACAAAACCAGAUGCAAGAAAAAUGGAAAAACAUUCCAUUAAGGCUGUUAUGGUAAUCAGCAUAAACUGUUAUGGUGUUCAGUUUAAAAACGUAUUUUAAGCUGUCCUGGCCAAUUACUUGAUAAAAACUAAUUGAUCUUACAAAAAGAAACUGUUCUUCAAAAUGCUCUGCAUUGCCAAAUUAUAUUCAAGCAUUUAAAUCUGUUAUUAUUCUUUCGUGUCCUGUGACUUCUUCAAAUGUGAUUUAUGAUCAACAAUAUCUUUCACAGCUACCAGCUUUAAAUUUUGUUAAAUUACAGAGACUAAAAUCAUACCAUAACUAUAUGCUUCCGUUAUCAUCCAACUCAGGUGCAUACAGUUCCUUUUAAAUCUAUUUUUUUUUUGUUUUGUAAUUGUUUUUAUUUGUAUGUGUAUGUGAGAGAAAGAGAGACAUUGUGUGUGUGUGUGCGCACGCGUGCGCCUGUAUGUGUAUGUUUCACUUCACUCAAGCCUUUUUCCAUUCCACCUAUGAAAAGAGGAAGUUUCUGCAGCCUGAAUAUAAAUAACUAACAUCUUGCAAAAUGAACAAUAUGAUCCUCUAAAAGGAGGAGAUAAAUGAAAUAAUAUAAUUUCUGGAGUGUAACUGUCAACAAACAAACUUGUGUUGUUAUUGUUUUGUAUUUUUUGGUUUUGCAAAUAAGUACAAGUAUUCUUCCACAUUGCAUUCCUGAAGAUCUUGCUGUAACAUGGAAUUCCAUACCACAAAUUUAUGGAAUUUAUUUAAUAUUUACUUCAGUGUACCUUGAUUUCAAUCUCUCAAGUAGGUUGCAUGUAGGUUUCAGCAGCAAAUUUCAGAAGAAUAAUGCUUCCAUAUUACAAAGAAUUCCUGUCUUCAUUGACAUCAUCACAGACAAUUAGACAGUAAUUUAUAAUUUAAAUAUCCAUGAGCAUAGACAUGCAUACACUACACACACACACACAGAUAUGUAUAUGUGUGUGUGCGUGUAUAAAUAUAUAUAUAUAUAUAUAUAUAUAUAUAUAUUUGUAUAUGUAUGUAUU